AUGUUUGAUGCUGGUUGUCUGAUGUCUGAUGCUGGUUGUCUGAUGUCUGAUGCUGGUUGUCUGAUGUCUGAUGCUGGUUGUCUGAUGUCUGAUGCUGGUUGUCUGAUGUCUGAUGCUGGUUGUCUGAUGUCUGAAGCAGAUUGCAGUGUUCAAAACGGGGAUUGUGGAACGGAGAGGAAUUGCAUAGAAAACACUUUGAACAAAAAUUCAUACAGCGAGUGCGUUUGUGCCGAAGGCAAAGUCUUAGACAAAUUUAAAGUGUGCACUGCAAUAUGUAUGUUUAACUUCCAAGAGCCCAGAAUGAACGUUGCAUACUUGAAGGCAGCUCAGUCGCUUGUGCUGAACCAGUCAGUUUUGAUGGAGGAGUUGACUGACGGACUGAUCAUUCAGACCAUCAAGCAGAGAACUUUUCUCAGCUUUGUCCAGUGGAUUAGCGUGGAUCUCAUUGAAAUGUUCACCGUUCAUCACGUCGUUCUUUUCAACAAACUAAUCUACCAAUCUAUGAAUGAGACCUACUUGACUCCGUUCACAAUUGGACUCCAUAAAUUUUUAAACAACGUUGCUAAUAUUUUGAAAUCGUACCAAUUGUGUGGGAGUUGGACGAAGAAAACGUUGAACGCGGGCAUGCCCAUGAAGAUACAAUGUUCAAUCGGAGACAUGUCGAGGUUUGUUGUCGUUCACCCGCUGAUCGAUCAACUGGUUAGGUACAUCGGUCUCAACGAGAUUGAAGUCUAUGCUACAAGUUGCAAGAAUGAACAGCACAUAUGCGGAAAUCAAACCUGCGUGGAAGUUGAAAGUAAGAACAAGAGUGAAACAACCUGCAUCCAAAAUGAUGAAAUCACAAGUGUUGACAUUGGCCAUGCAAGUGAUGUUGAAUUUCAACUAUUGAAUUAUGUGGGCUGCUUUCUUGGUACUGAAAUUGUAGAAAGCUGGAAGGCAAUGUUACUGCUCAUCCGCAAUGUCAGACUGAGUGAACGAAAAAAAGCUGAACUGAAAGAAAACAAACAACUAUCUGUAAGUCCCGUGGAAAAUGAAGUUACGAAAAAUGGCGAAGUUAAGAAAAGUGGUAAAAUUGCAAAAACUAGUGAGGUUAAUAAAGAAAGUGCGGCUAAGAAAGGAGUUGAAGCGAAAAAGGAUGAAGUUAUGAAGAAUGCAUUCCGAUGGGAUGUCGACGUCCGCAAAGACACUGCAGUCAAAAAUGAUAACCAAUUUAAAAGAGAUCUUUCAAUUUCAAAGGUAUCUUAUAACCCAUUAGCGCCCAGUGAUCUAUUUAUAGAUCACUGUGUAAAUCCCUAA